CCUUCUCCCCUUCUUCCCCUCGCCGGAGCGCCAAGAAACCAAGAACCCCCAUCCCCCCCACCUCCCUCUCCCCCUCUUCGCCUUUGCUCUCCAGCAGCGAUCCAGCACCGGCGACCGAUGGAGCAGUUCGUCGACGGCCAGCACGUGCGUCUCCGGAGCACCGUGCUCGGCAGGUACCUCCACGCCGACGACGACGGGGAUAGCGUAUCCCUCCAGCCCCAGGACCGCCGGGCAUCAGUGAACUCGGCUUGGGCGGUCGAGUUGCACAACCGGGAUGAUUAUGGCCCGCACGUGCUCCUCUACAGCGCCGCCUACGGCCGCUGCCUCGCCGCCACGGACGCGCGGGCGCCGGUCGGCCGCGGGCUCCGCGUCGAGCAGCGCAACCACGACCAUCCGGAUAUGGAUUCCAUUCUCUGGCGCGUAUUCCGGAUGCGCGGCAGGGAGGGAGUUCACCUCCGCAACGUCAACGGCGGCUGUCUGCUUGCCACUCGCGUGCUCGGCCACUACCGUGGCAACGGGGUGAGCGCGGAGGACACGCAGUUCAUCCCUAUGAUGAUGAACUGGGUCGUGGAGCCCAUCCCCGCCAUGCAUAUUCCGCCUGCACUUCCGGCAGAGGUUCCCCUCCCCGACGCCAUGUUGACGUGGCGGGAGAUCGACUACGUGUGGCUGAACGCCGACGGGGACAUCAUCACCAAAGGCUGGUACCCAUUCGCUGGGAGGUCCUUGCUCCGCCUCAGCACCAAGCUGGCCGUGUGUCUGUCCAUGGAGUGGGGCAUGGAGGGCGUCCCCGACAUCGUCAUAUGCCUCCCUGCCCGCGGUGGCCGCCUUCUCCCACUCGUCGUCGACCUGCCCAGCAGCGAGCAGGACUUCCGCGUCGUCGUCCUCAACGCCGGCUCGCCUGCCCACGCAGCGCUGCGGUACGCGGAUGUCGAAGCAGAGUAGAGAGAAACCAGAGCCAGGGCCCUUUGAAGUCGCCUUCCUGUCCAAACUCUUCAGAAGCGUCACCGUCUCGGACACGAUGACAUUAGAACCCAGUUCCUUUUGUUGAGAUAUGGGUUCAUGAAAACCCAGCAGUUUCUUGUGUUUCUGCUAGCUAAACUUGCUUUUCUCAACUGACAGUAGGGCGCCUAUUUGCUCUGGCAUCGCGGUUCUAAAAUGCUGAAACUGUUCGAAAAAUGGUGCAGUGACAUAUAGUAGUCUGUAAUGAGUUGACAAUGGCCAGUACUUCAAUGUUGCUAGCUGCAUUCAUUUUUUUCUUAGAUGAAGCAUCUGGUGUCAGCAUAGAUG